UCUUAUCUCGUUUCAGCACAACUGUGAUCAAUCCCCUGGCCGCAGAUUUGGUUGCAUCACAGACCACAGCGCCGAUCUACUGCUUCCCCCGACCAUGGAGGCUUCUCUUGCCAUCUGCAUCCUCGCUGCUCUCCUGGCUACGGGGGCCUGUCUGCGGUGUGAGGUUUGCAAUGGACCAGGAACCAGCUGCACAGGUGACCUACAGACCUGCGAUGUUGGGCAAGACACUUGUGGCAUUGCUUGGACAGACUCCACAUGGGUGGGAAGCAAGACUCAGACAGUUAUCAAAAAGUGUGUGUCCUCCGACCUGUGUAAAGCCAGCCCCUUCUCUGCAAAUUUUGGUGAUGCAAUGACAAGGACAAGCUUCAAAUGCUGCAUGGGAAAUGCCUGCAGAACCAAUAUUACAGUGCCCCCGGCUAACACCAAACCCAACGGCCGGCGCUGCCCUGGCUGCUACGCGGUGAACGCUGAUCAUUGCAAUGAGCAAACCAUAAAUUGUACUGGAUCCGAGACCCAGUGUAUUGAUGCCACCGCGACCAUAACAAUUGAUGGACAUGAAAAGCAGACUGUCAUGAAGGGCUGCGCUUCCGAGUCCAUCUGCAUCAUCGCACAAGUGGCUUCGCAGAUGUUCACAGAUAUCAGUGUAGAUCUAACUGAGGUCGAAUGCACAGAGGCCUCCGGCGCGGCGGGCAUGGCUCUGGGACCAGCUGGGCGCCUCCUCCCAGCCCUCGCUGGGCUUCUCCUGCUAAAGCUUCUCUCCUGAUUCCCCACCUGGGGCAAUGGCCACACCGCACUGAAAUCCACCCUGCAACCUGCGUUAGCUGCUCUCCCCUACAGGGGUUCUCAGCUCUCAGAUGGACUCACAUCCCCUUGAUAGCGUUGCACUGAAUAAAACAAACCUGAG